UCUUUCAAACUCUUUGUGACAGCUUCCUUUGAACUGGCAGAUGUACAUUAAGGUUCUCUUGCCAGUCACAGGAUGUUCUCUUUCUCUGAUCUUGUAGUCGUAGUCACUCAGAGAUUUCAAGUAGCCAAGGUUGGUCUCAGUCAGAACUUUGCUAGCAACAUAAGCUUGCUUUGGAGUCAACUCACAAGAGCAAAAUUUAUGAUUAGAUUCAUUCAUCUUUACUGAAGAAGAUUUCUUUGAAGGCUUCUGAGGCUUUGACUGAGUUCGAACAGCAGGAUCCAUGCCUCUAUUUGCAUCUUGAUGGACUGUCUUAGUAGCCAAGGAUGAAGAAUGAUUUCUGUUAGGUAGACUAGCAUUGCAUCUAAUAUCUUGGCUACUUGGAAAUUUUAAACUUUCAGUUUGGAACGAGUAGAUUUGAGGGGUCGCAAUGCUGU